UGUCCUCAUACUUCCCGAGGCUUACACGUCCCUUUAUUUCUUUUUUUCUGUCUCUCCUUGAUUUGAAAACAUACUGCGUCAAACACGCCAAACGCAGCCAGCGAAGCAUUUGUGCAUUGCCUACUUAAUAAAUCUGAUAGCGCAGGACAAAUAGCCGCUUUGGGUCACCGCUUCGCCUCCGGGACAGACAGUUUAGCUUGAGCUGCCUGCAUUGCCGGAAAAAAUGGUGGAUCUUACACUUCUGGGCUUCGUUUUAGCUGCUCUGUCCGGGUUUCUUGGUUUAUAUUGUUUUGGGUUGUUGAGGAAAAGUCAGAGGAGUUGUUCGGUGGAGGAGGGGGAUGGCUUCGCCUCCACCACCACCACCGCCAUUGGCGAAGAAGAGUGUGGAUCGAGGGACGCUGGGUGUGAUGUCAUCAUUGUGGGUGCUGGAGUCGCCGGAGCCGCACUUGCGUACACUCUUGGAAAGGAUGGUCGACGAAUUCGUGUAAUUGAAAGGGAUUUGGCAGAGCCCGACAGAAUUGUUGGAGAACUCCUACAACCAGGUGGCUAUCUCAAGCUGAUUGAGUUAGGACUGGAAGAUUGUGUGGAGGAAAUUGAUGCUCAGAGGGUGUUUGGGUAUGCUCUAUUCAAGGAUGGAAAAUCGACUCGACUUUCUUAUCCUUUGGAAAAAUUCCACUCUGAUGUGGCUGGGAGGAGCUUCCACAAUGGGCGCUUCAUACAGCGGAUGCGUGAGAAAGCUACAUCGCUUCCAAAUGUUCGACUGGAGCAAGGAACUGUAACAUCUCUGCUUGAAGAAAAGGGGACCAUAAGAGGGGUACAAUACAAAACUAAGUCUAGUGAAGAGUUGAAAGCUUAUGCACCUUUAACCAUUGUGUGUGAUGGAUGUUUUUCUAACUUGAGGCGAUCUCUUUGCAGCCCAAAGGUAGAUGUACCGUCUUGUUUUGUUGGUUUGGUCCUCGAGAACUGCCAACUUCCUUUUGCAAACCACGGGCAUGUGAUCUUGGCAGAUCCAUCACCUAUCCUGUUUUACCCUAUCAGCCAAACUGAGGUCCGGUGUCUGGUUGAUGUUCCUGGUCAGAAGGUGCCUUCUAUAUCAAAUGGAGAAAUGGCCAAAUAUUUGAAGACUGUUGUUGCUCCCCAGGUCCCUCCUGAACUGCAUGAUGCUUUCCUCUCUGCUAUCGAGAGAGGAAACAUUAGGACGAUGCCGAACAGGAGCAUGCCGGCUGUUCCUCAUCCGACUCCAGGGGCUUUGCUUAUGGGAGACGCAUUCAACAUGCGCCACCCGUUGACUGGUGGAGGCAUGACUGUAGCAUUGUCUGACAUAGUUGUACUGCGCAAUCUCCUUAGGCCUCUGCACGACCUCAACGAUGCACCUACACUUUGCAAAUAUCUAGAAUCUUUCUAUACUUUGCGGAAGCCUGUGGCAUCGACUAUCAACACGUUGGCGGGUGCCCUAUACAAGGUAUUUAGUGCUUCACCUGAUCAAGCACGGAACGAGAUGCGUCAGGCAUGCUUCGACUACUUGAGCCUUGGAGGUGUAUUCUCGAAUGGGCCGGUGUCUUUGCUUUCGGGCUUGAACCCUCGGCCACUAAGCUUGGUUUGCCAUUUCUUUGCCGUGGCAAUAUAUGGUGUUGGCCGAUUGCUGUUGCCCUUCCCCUCACCCAAACGAAUGUGGAUUGGGGCCAAAUUAAUAUCAAGCGCUUCAGGGAUAAUCUUGCCUAUCAUAAAGGCAGAAGGAGUGAGGCAAAUGUUCUUUCCGGCAACAGUUCCUGCUUACUACCGAGCUCCUCCGGCUCAGUGAGGGCUGCUUAAGCAAAGACAGAGCAGAACUCCAGAUCACAUAAAAUGCACUUUGUACAAAACUCUGCAGUCUGAUGUGCAAAUUCAGGUGGGGAGAUUGGGCUCUUUUUCGUCAAAGAUGUCAAAUUGUUGCAUAUUAUUUGCACAUAGGGUCAUAUUCGUCGCACCUUUUUAUGUACUUCCUAUCUUAGUAAACUUUUGUUCCCUUUUUCAUAGUUCUUGGACUUGUAUGUACAUAUACUCCCCAGCCCUGCUGGCGCUGUUCUCAAAUAACAUUUGGCUAUUUUAGAGUUUUCAGAUUAACAA